AUGCUCGCCUCAGGCUCCUCCAGCGCCGAAGGCGGCGCGAAGCGGUUCAGCCGCCAGCAGAUCAUUCAGCACGCCAAAAAGAGCUUACUCUACACGGUGUUCGACGUCAGGUGGGUGCCGCAGACUGCGUCCUUCGCGGUGGUCGGACAGUACCCAAACAACCACGGUGCGCUCUCCGUUUAUCAGUUGCACCACGGCGAUGUGCAGCCGACAGUCGAGGUGCGGCUUCCUCAUCCGCUGAAAUGCUGCACGUUUGGGCAUAACGUAUCCUUUAGCAGCAGCGGAAGGGGCAGUGGCGGGCACAGCAGCAACAUCACUGCCGCCGGUGCGACGACGAACCAGAUUGCAACUGGCGACUUUGCCGGCAGCUUGCAGAUUUUCGACCUCAGUCGCCUCGGCUCAGCGCCCUCAAGCGCGUCCAACGCGCUAAGCGACGUGACGGCGGCUUCCGUACUUCACAUACCCCAUGCACAUGAGAGCAUCAUCAACGCCAUCGACGGCGCACGCUACUCAGGGCCACCGGAGGUGGCGACAGGGAGCCGCGACGGCUCCGUCAAGGUGUGGGACACCCGCCAGUCUAACAAGCCGGUUGCGUCGCUCAACCCUGCCGACCCUGCUCGCGCCCGCGACUGUUGGACAGUACGGCUCGGGAAUAGCUUUGACCCGGACGAGCGCGUGGUCGCUGCGGGUUACGACAACGGUGACGUCAAAAUAUUCGACCUUCGCACGCAGAAGAUGCUGCACGAGAUGCACGUGAACAACGGCGUGUGCGAUUUGGAGUUUGAUCGGCCCGAGAUUCCCAUGAACAAGCUCCUCGUGUCGUCCCUGGAGGGUCGCGUGCGGUGCUACGACAUGCGCACCUUGCAUCCCAAGCUCGGCUACGCGUACGUGGAGGAGCGCGUAUCGGAGGGGACGGUGUGGUGCUCUCGCGCGCUGCCACAGAAUCGGGAGAUCUUCUUGAGCGGUGGCGGCGGCGAGCUGACACUGUGUCUCUACAAGUACCCGCCAGAGCGCACUCUGAAGGACGGGGAUGGGGUUCAGCGCGGCGUGGCGGGCGCGGUGGAGGAGCUGAACAAGGCGAAGAUCGGCGAUCAGCCGAUCAACGCGUUGGACUGGAAUCGCUCGAAGGAGGGGCUCGCUGUGUGCGCCUCUUUCGACCAGAGCAUUCGGGUCAUGCUGGUAACUAAGCUCGGUUUACUUUCGUAG